GCUUCCGGCGGAAGCAGGAAGUUUCAACCUCAGGCCCGUGGUGAGUUCGGCUGGCCGGCUCCCCGGCCUUAGCGUGGUUAGGUUGGUGGCCGCUUCGGACUGGGGCGGAGCCGUGGCACCGGAGCCCUCCGAGUCGGUCUCGCGAUGGCGUCGUAUACGUGCAUCACCUGCCGGGUGGCGUUCAAGGACGCGGACAUUCAGCGCGCCCACUACAAGAGCGACUGGCACCGCUACAACCUGAAGCGGAAGGUGGCCGACAUGGCCCCGGUUACGGCCGAGAACUUCCAGGAGCGGGUCCUGGCGCAGCGGGCCGUGGCGGAGGAAGAGAGCAAAGGCACCGCCACCUACUGCACCGUUUGCAGCAAAAAGUUUGCCACCUUCAAUGCCUACGAGAACCACCUCAAGUCCCGCAGGCACUUGGAUCUGGAAAAGAAGGCUGUCCAGGCCGUGAGCAGGAAAGUCGAGAUGUUAAACGAGAAGAACUUGGAGAAGGGGCUGGCCCCCGACGGCCUAGACAAGGAUGCCAUGAACUCGGCCAUCCAGCAGGCCAUCAAAGCCCAGCCUUCUAUGUCCCCGCGAAAAGUAGGACCGGUUCCCGGGGUGUCCAAGAGCCGGGCGUCAGCUGCAGGCGGACCUCAGUUCCAGGACAGGGACCCCGCUGAGAAGGCGCCCCGACUACAGUGGUUUGAACAGCAGGCAAAGAAGUUCGCCAAGCAGCAGGGAGGGAGUGAGGAGGAAGAUGAGGACGUGGAAGGGGAUGAUUGGGAAGAUAUUGAUUCAGAUGAAGAGAUGGACUCUGAAGGUGCUGAAGAACAAGAUGAAGUUGAUGACGUUACUGAAAACCCACCUCCUGGGGCUAUUCUUGUAACAGACUGCUUGUUUUGUUCUCAUCACUCGAGCUCACUCAUGAAGAAUGUGGCUCACAUGACAAAGUUUCAUAGUUUUUUUAUCCCUGAUAUAGAAUACCUUUCUGAUCUUAGGGGACUGAUUAAAUAUUUGGGGGAGAAAGUUGGUGUAGGGAAGAUUUGUUUGUGGUGCAAUGAGAAAGGGAAAUCCUUCUACUCUACGGAAGCUGUGCAGGCUCAUAUGAAUGACAAAAGCCAUUGUAAACUCUUCACCGAAGGAGAUGCUGCCCUGGAAUUUGCAGACUUCUAUGAUUUUAGGAGUAGCUACCCAGAUCACAAGGAAGGUGAGGACAUUGACGUGUCUGAGGAGUUACCUUCAGAAAAGAAUUUAGAAUAUGAUGAUGAAACCAUGGAGCUGAUUCUCCCUUCGGGUGCCAGAGUCGGUCAUCGCUCCUUGAUGAGGUAUUACAAACAACGGUUUGGUUUGUCAAGAGCCAUUACUACUGCCAAAAAUCAGAAAGCAGUGGUCAAGGUGCUCCAGCAAUACAGAGCACUGGGAUGGACAGGAAGCACAGGAGCCACUCUUUUGCGGGAGCGUGACAUGCAGUAUGUCCAGAGGAUGAAGUCAAAAUGGAUGUUAAAGACAGGAAUGAGCAACAAUGCCACAAAACAGAUGCAUUAUAGGGCUCAAGUGAGGUUUUAAGUGGCCUUUGGCAGUGUUGGAGGGUAGGGUUCAGUGCAAUCUCAUCACUUCAGAAGUUCCUGAUUUCUCUGAGAAUCUUGAUGUCUGAUAGUGUGAUAAAACCUCCUCAACUGCUAUUGCACUAUUCCCCCCACCACUUUUACCUAUCAUAAUACUGAAAAUCAUCCAGUUUUCAAAUGUCAUCUCUGUCAAAUUCUAAAAGCUUUAUAUGUACAGAACGAAAUGUGCUCGAGUGAUCACUGUACUCAGUAACAUGUAUGUAUUAGUUUGGCAGUUUGCUUAUGCUUUUAGAUAACUUUGUGUAUCAGAGAGCAGUAUAUCCAAUGAAAGAAAUGAUUGAGAGACUUUCAAGAUGACUUGUCAAAUCCAAUCUUAGUUUAACUUCUAAAACAACAGUUUUUCACAUCAUGGUGUGGUGGAAUUACCUGUGUGCCAUCUACGGCAGUUUUGAGACUUAUAAUUUCUAUGAAGAGAAUUGGACUUUUCACCUCUCCAUAAAGUUUGUAUGACUAUCUCUGCUGGUGCUGAGAUAAAACUGCACUGUGUAGUUUCAUUAAACUAGAACAUCUUUCAGGAGGCAUUUCAAACUUUUUUGCUUACAGAGUUUUCAUUUCUAUAGCUCAUCUUAAAAUAGGUGACAAUGCUAUGUACCAAAGCCUUUUGAACAUUGGGAGCUAACGACGGUUUUUCCCUCAAACUUUCACUAAUGUGGUACAUCCCAAGUGGAAAGUACAUGUAUCAUUUCUAAUUUUUAUUUUCGAAAGAAAUCUUUGCUUCAGAAAAUAGGUGUGGUUGUCUUCAACCAAAAUCUUAAUUCAGACAAUUCAUGGAAUAUAGAAAAUGCCAAAUUGAAUCACACAAAUCAGUGCUAAAACUUACCCAAGAGGUACCAAGAUUUAAAAAUCAGAAAGUUAAUUAUGUAUCCCAGCCUCUCCUACUUUCUUUGUUAUUCCAGCAUGAUUGUUGUUCAUGUUUAUAUUGAAAUCUCUCUUGAGUCUGUCUGUUUUUAGCCUGUUCCACUCUUGUGGAGGGCAGGACCCUAAGUAUAUAACUCUUUGUGGAUUGGUACUGCCUACUUAAAAGUGAAUGAACAACCUGGGAAAUGACUACUGGCGAUGGUGUUAGUUUCAUUGGCUUACUGAUUUUUUAGACUUUGUUUUUUUUCAACUGUAAAAAGGAGAAGAAUGGAGACUCUAUAUCUCUUUGUCUCACUAGAUUUUUCUGUCGAUAUGUUCUUGUUUUUUUUGAUUCCCAACACUUUCACCUCCUUGGCUUGAGAGAAGUUCUGCAUUGUUUUUAGUUCCUAGGCUCUCAUCCUGGGCUUAUGUUUGCACAGAAAAAUGAAGCCUUGUGAACAACAGGCAAUUCAAAGGAGAUAAAACUCUUCUCAGGACUUAGAAUUAUAUAAACAAGCUAUUUCAGUGCUUAAAAUCCAAAAUCUUUGUCUUUUCAUAUUUUGAUAUUUUGCCUUUAGACCUCACUUUUCUACAGGUGCUUUGUUUUCAAUUCUUAAAUUAUUUAACCUGAAGAACUACGUAACUGAUUUUGAAAUUAUGAAAUUAUAUUUUUCUAUAUUUCUUUCUUAUGUACUUUGGAUACAACAUAUUUGCUGUUGUUGUUCCUCCUUCCCUCCUCACUACCCUCACUUUUCCCCCCCAAAAAGAAAAGAAAACAAAAAAACUAAACUGUUGGAUCUAUUGGCAGAGAGAAAUGAUUUAAACUCUGGAUAUCGGAGUAGCAAUAAAAGGUAUUCUUUGACAAUACCAAA